AUGUUUCCUGUAGGCUCUGGUAACAUGUUUGCUGUAGGCUCUGGUAACAUGUUUGCUGUAGGCUCUGGUAACAUGUUUGCUGUAGGCUCUGGUAACGCGUUUGCUGUAGGCUCUGGUAACGUGUUUGCUGUAGGCUCUGGUAACGUGUUUGCUGUAGGCUCUGGUAAUAUGUUUCCUGUAGGCUCUGGUAACAUGUUUGCUGUAGGCUCUGGUAACAUGUUUGCUGUAGGCUCUGGUAACAUGUUUGCUGUAGGCUCUGGUAACAUGUUUGCUGUAGGCUCUGGUAACGCGUUUGCUGUAGGCUCUGGUAACGUGUUUGCUGUAGGCUCUGGUAACGCGUUUGCUGUAGGCUCUGGUAACGUGUUUGCUGUAGGCUCUGGUAACGUGUUUGUUGUAGGCUCUGGUAACAUGUUUGCUGUAGGCUCUGGUAACGUGUUUGCUGUAGGCUCUGGUAACGUGUUUGCUGUAGGCUCUGGUAACGUGUUUGCUGUAGGCUCUGGUAACAUGUUUGCUGUAGGCUCUGGUAACAUGUUUGCUGUAGGCUCUGGUAACAUGUUUGCUGUAGGGUCUGGUAACAUGUUUGCUGUAGGCUCUGGUAACAUGUUUGCUGUAGGCUCUGGUAACAUGUUUGCUGUAGGCUCUGGUAACAUGUUUGCUGUAGGCUCUGAUAACAUGUUUGCUGUAGGCUCUGGUAACAUGUUUUCUGUAGGCUCUGGUAACAUGUUUGCUGUAGGCUCUGGUAACGUGUUUGUUGUAGGCUCUGGUAACAUGUUUGCUGUAGGCUCUGGUAACGUGUUUGCUGUAGGCUCUGGUAACGUGUUUGCUGUAGGCUCUGGUAACAUGUUUGCUGUAGGCUCUGGUAACAUGUUUGCUGUAGGCUCUGGUAACGUGUUUGCUGUAGGCUCUGGUAACGUGUUUGUUGUAGGCUCUGGUAACGUGUUUGCUGUAGGCUCUGGUAACAUGUUUGCUGUAGGCUCUGGUAACAUGUUUGCUCUAAGUCCCCGCAUUAUUCAUAUCUUAUAA